AAUGGAGUUGGCAACAUGUCCGUCGAUCAGAGUUGUUGUCGUUAUUGAAGUGUUGCUUUGUUGACUGUAAAACUAAUUUGAAUUAUUUGAAAAGUUUACAUUUGUAAAUAUACUGAUAUAUUUUGCAAGUAGAUUUAACUGAUUAUUAAAUCUUGGUUAAUAAAUGUCGUCUACAAGUGAGAAUAAUGACAUUUUGAAGGAUUUGCUUUGUGCAGAAGAUGACAUUGAAAAUUGUAAUAGUUGGAAGGAAUUUUCAAAAAGAGUUGCUUCUUUUUUAAUUGUAGAAUCAAAUUGGAGAUUGAAACCUUUUAGUCUCUCUCCUCCUGCUUGUGCUCAGUAUGGAUGGAAAUGUAUUGGAAAAGAUCUUAUUCAGUGUGUAACAUGUAAUGAAAUUAUCUGUGGAAAGUUACCAGUUCUUUGGAAGAGUAAUGUGUAUGAUGAUUGUGUAAAUGAAGUAAUAAAAUCAUUGCAAACAUCUCAUAAGAAACAUUGUCCCUGGCCAGUAGCACCUUGUCCAGAUAACUUUGUUCAUAUUGUACCAAUUGAUAAGAAGCAAGCAUUACAUGAAUUUAUGAUUUGCUUAGAAACACUUCUAAAAGUAAAAGAAGAGUUACCUUUAAUAAAAAAUGAGACUUUAGAAAUGGACAUCACUGAAAAUGAUUUGACUUGUCUUUCACAAUUACUUCAUAAAGAAUUAGAUAUAUACCUUCAAUCUGCUAUUAUAUUAGCAUUAACAGGAUGGAGGAAAGUCUCUGGUGAAAGAAAAUGUUUAUGGUGUUGUCAUUGCCAAAGGUUAUUAGAAUUUCGGUUUUAUAAAACUGCAAAGUUAAAUGAAACUGAUAAAGAACCUGAUGGUGUAAAUUCAGUAAAUGUAAUUGAAGAAAAAGUAGUGAAUUCUAUUCAGUUAAAUAAGAUUGAAAACAGCAACAAUGAUAGCAUUUCAGAUGUAAAAACAGAAACAAAAGAUAAUUUAGAAAAAUCUGAAGAUGAAUUUAAGGUAUCUUGUGUUAAAAAUGAUAAUUCAGAAAGUAAAACAGAUAUUAAUAUUCAAAAGAAUGAAAAUGAUGAACCUCCAAAAAAGAUUCCUAAAAUAGAGAGAAAGCAUACUCCCAAUUAUUUUGAUCCUAUUUAUGAACAUAGAUAUUGGUGCAAGUGGAUUAGUUCACCAAAUCAAACACAGAAGUUCUUCAAGACUGAUAAAUGUGGAUGGCAGAUAUUCCUAAAAUCUUUGUUAUUAAAUGUACGCUCAUCUGUUAUUUCGUCAAAAUGUGUUAGGUUAUCUGAGAAAGUAAAAGAUAUUCGUCAAAUGUUGGAGAAUUGGAUUUGACAGCUCAUAACUUUAAUGUAAUUAGUUGAAAAGUAAUUACAGAUUUUGUUUCUAAAAAUAUCAACAUUGUAAAUUUGACAAUGACCACUUAUAUUAUGUAAUAUUGUAUGUAUGUAUGUAUAUAUGUAUUAUGAAAUAAAAU